GGUCAGGAUGCAUGCGUCUCCCAGUGCUGCUUGAGAUGAGGAUAAGACGACGACGGUGAAAAGGCGACGUGCUCGUUACCUUCCAUCAAACCUCCUCGCUGCAGAUCUGAACGCUGAACUGAUCAAUUAUCGGCGGCUAACUCGCCCGUCACUCACAGGGGGGAUUCAGGCUUUGGCCACACUGUCUGUCUGCCGUCAACUGUUGCUUAUUUCCUCUGUAAAUGAAUCUUGUAAGGUAUAUGAACAAUCGUGUUCCUCCUAACAAGAGAUACCAGCCCACCGAAUAUGAGCAUGCUGCCAAUUGUGCCACGCAUGCGUUAUGGAUAAUCCCCAGCCUGCUGGGAAGCUCAGUGUUGCACUUCCAGUCAGAGGACCAAUGGGAGCGGCUGUCAGCCUGGGUGUAUGGGGCGGGGCUCAGCUCGCUCUUCAUCAUCUCCACCCUCUUCCACACUGUGGCCUGGAAGAAGAGCCACCUACGGUCUGUGGAGCAGUGUUUUCACAUGUGUGACAGGAUGGUGAUCUAUUUCUUCAUCGCUGCCUCCUACGCCCCUUGGCUAAACCUGCGAGAGCUGGGUCCCUGGGCGUGUCACAUGCGCUGGUUAGUUUGGGUCAUGGCGUCUUUUGGAACCACCUACGUGUUCUUCUUCCAUGAGAGGUAUAAGCUCAUGGAGUUGAUCUGCUACACAGUGAUGGGAGUUUUUCCUGCCCUGGUCAUCCUCUCAAUGCCGGAGCAGUCCGGGUUGUGUGAGCUGCUGGUCGGCGGGGCCUGCUACUGUUUGGGGAUAGUCUUCUUCAAAAGUGACGGCAUUGUCCCAUUUGCUCAUGCUAUUUGGCACAUGUUUGUAGCUAUGGGAGCGGCCAUACAUUACUACGCCAUCUGGAAGUACCUCUACGCCCAGCCACCCAACCACCAGGUCCACACCUCCAGAUGACAUCAGCAGUGACCUCACAGGAAGUAACUCCUGUGUUUGAGCGGAUUCGAGGAGAUGAUCCUAGCUGUGUCCACAUUCAGGGGCUGCCUCAUCUUGAAGGUGGGGGGUGGAGGGGUAAACGUGCACUUUUUAGCUUGACAGAAACCAAAACUAAUGGUGCAUUCAGGUCCCUCUCAUCAGUUCGAAAUGUCAAACAUUUCCAUGUUUAUCACCAAAAAGUUGCCUUCAAGCAGCCAGUGAAUGAAUGGGUAAAACGGGUCAGACAGCAGUGUACCAGGGUAAUGAAAAUUAUCACUUUAUUUUAUCUGUAGUACUUUGUAUUUACAGUCAUAUCCAGACUGCUAACAAAAGCACACAUAUGACUGGUUUAUUAUGAAUGCAGUAAUAAUUCAGAAUUUAAAUUUUGGGUUCUAAAUUGCUGCGUAUGUCACAACUGUGAUAGCUACAGAAGUUUUAUUUUCAUCUUGACUAAAGAGAGCUGCAUGUUAUCUCUCUCUUAUAUAUGGUUAGUGUUACCCCGUGUGCGCAAGAUCUAAGCUAUAAAUCCAAGUUAAAUCUUUUUCAUCGUCUUCACACUACUACUGUUCUAAAAAUAGCACCUUUUGAAAGCAAUUUAAACUACUUUACUUUUUCUUCGAGGAUAAAAUAAAAUCACAUCAAUGUGCUGAAAUAGCAUAAAAUACCGUAAUGCAAUACAGCACAGUGUGAAACACAAAGAAAAACUUUAAGCCCUGUUUUAAGACAACAGUUACUUCAUGCAGGUCUUGGGAUUUUGCUUUGUGUUGCAGGUGCUUCUCCUUGUUUAGCUUUGAAUCUGGGACAGGAAGUACAGCUGCCCUAGAUAAUGACUGAUGGAGUCAAAGAUGUGAGACCUUAAUGUGACAGCUUUGAUUCAGUCUGAGAGGCAAAGCCCAGGGUGGAAAGUAUUCAUAAAACACUUCCCCGCUUCUUGGAAAACUCAGAAAGAAAACUCAUGUGUCUGUAUCAGUAUUUUAUUCAUUCAAAUCUUCUGCCGUCUGGAUUUUAGACAGGAAGUUAAUCAACCCUUUUUAAUUUAAUUCUUACUAACUGAUGACCAACUGAAUCCAAUUACCUCCAGUGAUGCAAUACCUCCUGACGUUCUGAGCUGAGAGGGCAAUCGAAUGCACCGUUUAGCGGUUAAUUAUCACGUUUGGUAUACAUGAAGGAUAAAUAUGAUGAAUCUGAACUUCAAGCCUGGCAGCUCCUGAACUGGGACACCCCCCCAACCUCAGAUCAUUUUAGUUUUACACUUCUAACAGUAUUUUGCAGGAAUUUGGUUUCAGGGGUUAAUUAAUAUUCUCGGAGAUUUCUCUCUGUGCCGUGCGCGCCCAGAUUUAGUGUGCAGAAGCGGAAUUGAGGGCAUUGUCUAUUUGUCAAGAGGAAGAUCACUUUUAAAAUUGGCUUGUGAGAUGAAUUUUAAUGUUUUUAGUUUGAUUACACUAAGCAGGCUGCAACAUCAGUAAUUUACUAUUCCCAAUUCAGAGCUCUAGAUAGUAUUAUUACUGCUAUUGUUAUUAGUUGUGCUAUCUACACCAUAGUACUCUGUAUGAUUUUAACAAUAGUUGCUUAAGUCGGUGACUUCCUGUGAAGUUUUUUAAACAUGAUCGUAGAUUUUUUUUAAAAAAAUCUUUAAGUUAAACACUCAGAUAUUUGUAGUUUUAGUCUUGGAGACUUUACUCGUGUGCUUCCACAUAUACCAGGCUCCACACUUUCGAUUUAUGAGCAUAAACACUGAAUUCUAAUAGUUUACUGUUGUCGAUUAGGUUUAGUACAUGAAGAUACAGUAUUUAUCAGAGACAUACAGU